AAAAAAAGAAAUAGAUAGCAUUAGACAUAUGCCUAUAUACUCCCCUUUCCUAUUAGAUGAAUAACUGUAAGAUUAGAUAUAAUAUCAUUAAUGAGUGAAAUCGAAAAUCAGAUUUUCUCCUACCAAAGGUCCAAACAAUGGAAAAAAUCGGCACUUGGAUGGCUACUUCAGCUACUCCUAGCAAGCAAGAAGAUAUAAAAUUUGAUGCAAGUCAGUAUGAAUUUUUUGGGAAAAAUGUGAUGGAGCAUGAACUAGGAGAUUUGGAUUCUCCUUCUGAGAAGGCUGAAGACAAAGACUUGCUAUUGUCUGAGAAACAUGAGGGUAAAAAUAAAGUUAUAUCCUCAUCCUGUAUUAAUGAUCUUGCAAGUUCUUUUACCAAGUUGAACAAGACUAGUGAACCAAGAAGAGCCAAAGCUCUCACUAAGGGACUUUCUUCUCCCAUGGGAAGUUUAAACAAUAAAAGAGCAAGAGGAAUCUUAAUAUGGUAUAGUAAUGAAAAAGGCUAUGGCUUUAUAAAGCCUAAUGGAGGUGGGGUAGAUGUAUUUGUGCAUUCCUCAUCUCUGAAAUCCAAUGGCCACAUACACCUUGGGGCUGGCAUGCCUCUGGAGUAUGAAACCAUAAUCAGUAAUGCUGGCAAACUGCAAGCAAUUAAUGUCACUGCCCCCAAAGGAAAAUUACUCCAAGAUAGUAGAAAAGUUGGGUGUGGAGUGGUGAGCACCAAGAAGAGUAACAUGGGUGCAUCUCAUUUGGCCAAGCAUAGUUGUGUUGUUGCUAAAAGUGGCGCAUGGCAUGGAACCCAAUUGAACUAUACACUGUGGGAGGCAAGCACUAGGUUUGUAAAAUGUGGAGGAUGGUCUGGUUUUGCUUGGUGUUAUUACUGUGGGAAAGUAGGUCAUUUCUUUCAUAGUUGAUCUUCUAAGACUCUUUCCCAUUUCUGCUUCAAGUUUGAUUGAUAAGUGAUCUUUUAGGAAGAUAAGAUGUGGUAAACAUCCACCACAGUUUUAUGUUUUGGUUUGCUUGUCAGUUUAUGUUCUUAAUAGUCGACCUUUAGUGACACAAGGUGUAAUGUGAUACACAAACAAGUCUCAUGGAUUUAAGUUUCAAUAAAAAAACUCACAAACAUUUCAAAGUAA